AAAGGCCUCAUUUCUAGUUUUUACUAGUCUGUUUGGCAGCCCUGGGGUGUUCACCGUUUAUUGAAUACUAUGCAAUUCAACCCAUAUAGUUAUUUAGUUAGCUAACUCGAUGUUUUUUGUUAGCUGCAUAUCAUAGAUAACUUUAGCUAGUAUUAUUAGUCGGAUGCCGUUGGCCAUCUUCUAAAUGAGUUGACUAGCUAGCUGUCACCUGGCAAACUAGCUAACGUUACCGUUCAACUUUGUGUUAGCUAGCUAGCCUAACCGUAGCGCAGUUAUUCAGCGAAGUUAGCCAGGUAGCUUUUAGAUGCAAACGUUUGCAUUUGUUCGUUGAUAUCGUCUUAACCUUAUAACUUAGUUAGCUAACCGUAGCCAGUGCUAGUUAGCAAUGUAGUGACAUGGUUUGUUGUCUUCCAUUUAUCCAAGAAAAUCAACUCAUCUGUAUAAUUUAUAGACUCAUACGAUAGCUAGAUAGCUAGCUACCAAUCGCACAACGUUGCUGUUUAUUUUAGCUAAGUUAGCUAGCCAGUCGUAUCUUAUUUGGCAAAUUAGCUAAAAUAGAGUAGCUAUAAUAUUUAUUAACUUUAGCCAAACAGACGUUAACGUUAGUUCAUGUCUAGCUAAUGACACACCAGGUAACGGUUAGCUUCUAGUCCGCUAACAUUUAUCAUAUUGGCUAGCUAUUUGAGUAUUGGUAUGCAGUUAGCUAUAAUUAGGUCUAGCCAUGUAUUACUAAGGUAGUCGUCGGAAGUCCAAUUUCGCCGUCCACCAACCAGGUAUUAGCCUAGCUAGUCCGUGAUAUUCUGCAGUAGCUAGCUAGCUAGGCCUCAUACAGCACGCUUUGGUAGUGGGCUCUGAACGUGGUCUGAAAGCAUAACGUUAGACUAGACUCACAAAAUCCAUAAAGCUACGGGGCAGCCAUGGGUGAUAGUAGAGAUUCACGCAGCCCGGACAGCUCCUCGGUUUCCUCCCCUCCCUCAGCCCAGUGUUCUCCUCCGGCAGCAUCCAUGACCUCCCUGCCUCCCAUCACUUCUGCCGUCAGCAGCCCCAUCAGCAGCCUGGGCUCGCCCUUCUCAGUCAUCAGCUCCUCCCUGGGGUCGCCAGGUGGCCCCGCCACUCCCUCGGUGGGCUACAGCCACAUCAGCAACCCCCAGGUGAACUCCACGGUGUCGGUCUCGGUUAGCAGCUCAGACGACGUGAAGCCACCACUCGGACUGAAGUCUCAGCCCGCCCACAGCCCUGGAGCCAUGCUGUCCCAGAAGAGGCUGUGUGGCAUCUGUGGAGACCGGUCCUCUGAGCAUAGGUGGCACCCAGCUCUAACACAGCCUUCCUCCUGCCCUGCACCUCGUCCCUCUGUGUUCCCUGUUGUGUGUUCUGGGUCCCUCGCCCUCCCCACACCGCUAACGCUGGACGCAGGGAAGCACUACGGGGUGUACAGCUGUGAGGGCUGCAAGGGCUUCUUUAAGCGCACCGUGAGGAAGGACCUGAGCUACACCUGCAGAGACAACAAGGACUGCCUGGUGGACAAGCGCCAGCGCAACCGCUGCCAGUACUGCCGCUACCAGAAGUGCCUGGCCAUGGGCAUGAAGAGAGAAGCCGUGCAGGAGGAGAGGCAGAGGAAUAGGGAGCGCGAGGGGGAGAUGGAGUCCAGCAGCGCGGUGAAUGAGGAGAUGCCCGUGGAGAAGAUCCUGGAGGCGGAGAUGGCGGUAGAGCAGAAGACGGAGCUGCACUCUGACGGAAGCUCCGGCACCAGCUCUCCCAAUGAUCCGGUCACCAACAUCUGCCAGGCUGCAGACAAGCAGCUCUUCACCCUGGUGGAGUGGGCCAAGCGAAUCCCACACUUCUCCGAGCUUCCCCUGGACGACCAGGUCAUCCUUCUGCGUGCAGGCUGGAAUGAGCUGCUGAUCGCCUCGUUCUCGCACCGCUCCAUCACGGUGAAGGACGGCAUCCUGCUGGCCACAGGGCUGCAUGUCCACCGGAACAGCGCGCACAGCGCCGGCGUGGGGGCCAUCUUCGACAGGGAGAGUGCGCACAGUGCAGAGGUGGGGGCCAUAUUUGACAGAGUCCUCACUGAGCUGGUCAGUAAGAUGAGGGACAUGCAAAUGGACAAGACUGAGCUGGGCUGCCUCCGAGCCAUCAUCCUCUUCAACCCAGAUGCUAAAGGUCUAUCCAACUCCAGCGAGGUGGAAGUUCUGAGGGAGAAGGUGUACGCAUCACUGGAGACGUACUGUAAACAGAGAUAUCCAGAGCAGCAGGGCAGGUUUGCUAAACUCCUCCUCAGGCUACCAGCACUGCGUUCCAUUGGCCUGAAGUGCCUGGAGCACCUUUUCUUCUUCAAAUUGAUUGGAGACACCCCCAUUGACACCUUCCUGAUGGAAAUGCUUGAGGCGCCGCAUCAGUUAACAUAGAGAAUGGUCCAGCCUGGAGCAGGACUCUGAUUGGCUCUUGGUGCUGGGACUCUGCAGUGACUGAAUUUCCCUCUUCACCUGAACAGUUAUUUCCCAGGUCACCCAAGCAGCUGAUUGAACUGUCUGUAAUGCACAGCUGUGCAUUUGAGUGCAGCAUCCUAAAGGAACUUACCAUUACUAUGAAUUUUUAAAUAUGCUGGUGCUUGAAAUUCAUUUUUUGUCUUAAUGAAAGGAUUAGACUUGUUUUUCAGAAAUUUUAAACUUUGGUUUGCCGCUACGGCUACGACUUGAUACCUAACCAAAGCUCAUAAUUUGAGUGUAUAUUAUUGGGAUUUGAAAAAUCAAAGCCAUGUUAAAGCUUUUUGACUUUGAAGUUGAACUUGAUGUUAUAAUGCAGUCUGUGGUGCCCACCUGUACAUUUUGCCCCCUUUUACUUUCUCCAAAGCCUGUUUUAUAAGGUGCUUGUUGUUUCUCUCCAGUAGAAAUAUCAACUGUUGGUAAUAUUUCGAAUUACACACUGAACACAAAAUGUUCUUCAUGUUAAUCAGAAGGCAAACCUGGAUGAGGUUGUGCUCAGAAAUGCAAGUGACCAGGUGGCUGUAACACUUUCCUUGUGCACCAAGGGUGGUUUUCUUGAUAGAAUAGUUGGUCCAUUCUCUCUGGAAAAUGCAGAUUUUCUUGAAAUUGACACAGAAGUUUUUUUGAUAUGAAAAUGCCAAGCUAAGCUCUUGAAAGGCUGAUGGGAAAAUGUUUGGUACAUUCCAAGGAAUUUUCUUUUACCCCUCAGGUAAUCUUUUGGAACUGUCCUGAAGCAGCAAGCUAAGAAUCCAAUUGCAGUCAGGGAUGUACCAGUCUAUGCAUCUAACUCAUUACAAUUAAGCUAAAUACACAGGACAAAGACCAACAAAAUAUGAAUUUUGGUUGGUAGAAGGAGAAUUAAUCUUUUAAAAGCUAAUUGCAAGUAAAUCAAAUGUCAGGUUGCUGUGUUCUUAUUGACAGACCUUACCAGUCUUUAAAUGUGCAAUGGGCAUGAUCUAUUUAUCCCUGGAAUUUUUUAUCACACAGUUAUGCUUUUUACUUGAAAUGCACUGUAAAUGUGCAAUCAUUUACAUUAAGAAAUCAAAUAAAGUAAUGGAUUUCCCCUGAACAAAAAUAAGCUAGGUUGAUCAGUAGUGAGAUUAUAUCACUUCAUCAGACUCUUCAGUGUGAAGAUUCAGCAGAGACAAAGGUUCUCACAUUUUUUACACUUUGAAUACAAACGGGAAUGUAACCUCUAAAAGAUGUUGCUUCUCUAUAUAGUGGGAAUACUCAUUUUGAAAAGCUAGCAUGUGGUGUUCUGCUGUGACCCUCUCACACAGACUGUACUGUAUGUAUUAAACAUACUGUAGGGGACUUUGGGAUCAUUCAUACUGGCACUCGUGUAGCAAGCCAAAUUGGUGCUACACCACAUAGAUCCUGGAAAUGUACUUCAGCAGCACAGACAUGGCAAGCACUCGCGUGCUGCACUGUACAAUUGUUGCACAGUGCACAUGCACAACACGCGCAAAUAUGCAAGAAUAGACACAUUUUUUGAUUGCCAGAUGAUAAAUUCAAUAAAGAGCUGUCUGUUUGCCAGAUGAUAUUGAUAUUGAUGAUAUUGAUAUUCCAAUAUGUAAUAGUCGGUAUGGUUUAUUGGGUGCUGUGCAGUCCGGUUGGGAGUGUUUAGUGAACAUCCUGUGUAUGAUGAGGUACUAGUCCUAAAGACUGAACCAGGUGAUGCGUCUAAUGUAUGUGAAUAUGUAUGCAAUUUUUCUUAUUCAGCUUGUACCACAGAGCCAAGAAGGAAGGAUUCCCUUUGCACAGCGUUUCAGGGAGUCCAGAUCUUAACUACAGGCUCCAUGGAGCAAGUUGCUGGCCUUUGACUAUUAGCAUCUAUGUUUCUGUCCAUACUUCAGAGACAUCUAUUUUACCUUUUAGUCUUCCUUAGUUUGGUUACCUUUUGCUUGGCUUCCUUGAAGUGAUCUUGCACACCAAUUGCAUCGUCCUGUCUGCUUAAGUUAUUAUACCAUACCCUUAACCAUACCCAAGCUAUAAGAUGGGCAGAGAUGUAUCAAGUACACAUCUAAUGGACUUUGUAUGCUGGGCAUGUGCAAGUCGGGUCUAGCAAAGGGAUUGGUUGUGUAUGUGCACAUUAUGAAUGAAUACAUCAUGAAUUGUGUGGCAGCAUAUGCUGAGAGUAUGUUCUAAGCCAAAAUGACGAUGAAACUGUCAAACUUGAGUCUGGGCUAAAGUGUUCUUUUCAGGAUGUCUCACCAUGGUGGUGGUUUUCUUGUGUAUGCGCAAAAUGAUGUCUUUGUACUGAUCAUAUAACUCAAGCUGGGUACCAGACUGCCAGAAAAUAAAUUUUAUAUUUAAAAGUG